AUGUUCAGAUCAUUUUCUACUGCCGCUAAACAGGCCGUAAAAGGUACUUAUGUUCAAAGAGCCAUUGUUGGUGGUGCUGCUGUUGUCGGUAUUGGUGCUUCAACAAUGUUGUAUGCUGAUUCCUUGACUGCUGACGCUAUGACAGCUGCUGAGCAUGGUUUGCAUGCCCCAGGUUACGGUUGGUCUCACAACGGUCCAUUGGAAACUUUCGACCAUUCUUCUAUCAGACGUGGUUACCAAGUUUACCGUGAAGUUUGUGCUGCAUGCCAUUCUUUGGACCGUGUUGCAUGGAGAACCAUGGUUGGUGUUUCUCACACUAACGCCGAAGUCAGAGCCAUGGCUGAAGAGUUCGAAUACGAUGACGAACCAGAUGACCAAGGUAACCCAAAGAAGAGACCUGGUAAAUUGGCUGAUUAUGUCCCAGGUCCAUAUCCAAACGAACAAGCUGCUAGAGCCGCUAACCAAGGUGCUCUACCUCCAGAUUUGUCCUUGAUCGUCAAGGCCAGACACGGUGGUCCAGAUUAUAUCUUUGCUUUGUUAACUGGUUACCCAGAAGAACCACCAGCCGGUGUUGUCUUGCCUCCAGGUGCCAACUACAACCCAUACUUCCCAGGUGGUUCCAUUGCGAUGGGUAGAGUCUUGUUCGACGAUUUGGUCGAAUACGAAGACGGUACCCCAGCCACUACUUCUCAAAUGGCUAAGGAUGUUACCACUUUCUUGCACUGGUGUUCUGAACCAGAACACGAUGAAAGAAAGAGAUUGGGUCUAAAGGCUAUGAUCGUAUUGUCCUCUCUAUACUUGUUGUCCGUCUGGGUCAAGAAGUUCAAGUGGGCUUCUAUCAAGUCUAGAAAGAUUGUCUUCAACCCACCAAAGAAAUGA